CAAGUGUUUGGGAUGAGACUAGACUAGAGAAGAGAGCGGCGUCUCAAUGCUUGGCCCCAUCGACCUUAUUAUCUCUUUCCUUCCCCACCUUCUCUCCUCUCUCCGCGGCGCGUUAAUUCCUCUCCCUCAGUCCCUCUCUCCGGCCCCCUCCUCCCCCACCGGCAACGCCGCUUCCCCUACCCUUCAGCCAGCGCGCCCUCCCUCUCCCCCCACCGACGACGUCGCUUCCCCUACCACUCACCCAGGGCGCCCUUCCCUUCCCUUGGCAGCCGGCGUCUCAGCCGCGGUGCCCUCCCCCUGGCUCCUCGGCGGCGUCCUCACCCUCUUCUCCGCCACAACACAACGGACGGUAUCGACAGCCUCGGCGGCGGCACCCUCCUCGUAGAAGCGGCGUCCUCGCCUCCCAUGACCAGUGGCGUCGCUGAUUUAGUUUUUUGUUGUGCAGUACUGUGCUGGGCUGGUGGGCUGCUUCUCCUCCGCUCUGUGGGCUCGCUGGUGGGCUGCGGCUGCUAUCUGGGCCGGCCUGCUGCUGCUUUGGGUGGGCUGCCUCGUCACUAAUCCAAUCCGGGCUGCUUUGGAUGGGCUGCUCCACAAACAAGAUUGUGGAGAUGAUGGGAUUUGCUUUGAGAUUUGUGAUGGAACACGUGUCACCUGUGGUCGCGAAUUUUCUUUCGCGAGAGCGAGACACACACAAGUACACAACCGCAUCUCUACUGUGGGCCCCCUUCCCCUCCUCGCGUCGCCUCUCCACUUCGCCUCUAUAAAGUCCCAUCCAAUUCUCGAUUCCCAAUCUAGCACAGCACAAAGGCUCCUCCUUCGACCGCAGCUGUGCUACCUACCUCCAAUGGGGCUGGUCGUGGAGAAGGAAGAGAGAUCUUCCAGGCUGAUCCCUUCUAUUGGUUCCCCUUCCCAAGCCUUGCUUGAGGAUCCCUCCGCCGGAGUAGGGAUUAGGGAGGGAAGAACAGGAGGCGAUUCACCAUGAAGGCGCUCAUUCUGGUUGGAGGCUUCGGCACUCGCCUUCGGCCUUUAACGCUCAGUUUCCCAAAGCCUCUUGUUGAUUUCGCGAACAAGCCCAUGAUUCUGCAUCAGAUUGAGGCCUUGAAAGAAGUUGGAGUAACAGAAGUUGUUUUAGCCAUCAACUACCGCCCGGAGGUAAUGCUCAAUUUCCUGAAGGACUUUGAGGAUAAGCUUGGCAUCACAAUCACGUGUUCCCAAGAGACUGAGCCCUUGGGAACUGCUGGCCCUCUUGCUCUAGCAAGGGACAAGCUUGUGGAUGGAUCUGGUGAGCCAUUCUUUGUCCUCAACAGUGACGUCAUAAGUGAAUACCCUUUUGCUGAGCUCAUAAAAUUUCACAAGAACCAUGGUGGUGAGGCAACAAUUAUGGUCACCAAGGUGGACGAACCAUCAAAAUAUGGUGUUGUGGUUAUGGAGGAGGCCACUGGAAUGGUGGAAAAAUUUGUUGAGAAACCAAAAAUAUUUGUAGGCAACAAGAUCAAUGCAGGAAUUUACUUGUUGAACCCGUCUGUCCUGGACCGCAUCGAGCUAAAGCCAACUUCAAUUGAGAAAGAGGUCUUUCCUCGAAUCUCAGCUGAUGCAAAGCUCUUUGCUAUGGUCCUUCCAGGUUUUUGGAUGGAUGUUGGCCAACCAAGGGAUUACAUUACAGGCUUGCGCCUUUAUCUGGAUUCACUUAGGAAGAGAUCAGCCAACAGGUUAGCCACUGGAGCACACAUUGUUGGGAAUGUGCUAGUUCACGAGAGUGCGAAGAUUGGCGAAGGCUGUCUGAUUGGUCCUGAUGUUGCUAUUGGUCCUGGAUGCGUCGUGGAGGAUGGUGUGAGGCUUUCCCGUUGCACGGUGAUGCGUGGCGUGCGUAUUAAGAAGCAUGCUUGCAUAUCAAACAGCAUUAUUGGAUGGCACUCAACUGUUGGACAAUGGGCACGGAUAGAAAAUAUGACUAUCCUAGGAGAGGACGUACAUGUAGGUGAUGAGGUCUAUACCAACGGCGGUGUUAUUCUCCCGCACAAAGAGAUCAAAUCAAGCAUCCUGAAACCUGAGAUUGUCAUGUGAAAUAAUCCUUUUUAUGUUAUGGUAUACUCAAGUUCUUUUAAUGCAGUAUAGAUACUUUAUAAUUGUGAUCCUUCCAAGAUGUUGACAUAGCAUGUAUGUUACUCACAUUCUGAUAACUGCUUCUCAAUGAGAAUUCAGUGAGCCAUAUUUGAUUGUACCUUCUUUUGGACCA